CCCUCUCACCUCUUCUCCUUCUUCACACUCCACAAUCUCACAAAACCAAACACCAUGAAGCACCACCACCUCUCCCUCCUCCUCCUCCUCUUCCUCACCCUCACCCUCCGCUCCCUCACCCCCACCUCCGCCGCCUGCCACGUCGACGACCAAACCGGCCUCCUCGCCUUCAAGUCAGGCAUCACAGCCGACCCCUCCAACAUGCUCACCUCAUGGAAAAAGGGCACAGACUGCUGCACGUGGUCCGGCGUAAACUGCAACAGCAACAACCGGGUCACAAUGCUGUCCCUCACGGGCCAACCCAACAAGCCCAACUCAUUCUUAUCCGGUACAAUCUCUCCCUCCCUCUCAAAGCUCACAUUCCUAGACGGCAUCUAUCUCCAGAACCUCAGAAACCUCACGGGUCCUUUCCCGGUUUUCCUCUUCCACCUCCCCAAUCUCAAAUACGUCUACAUCGAAAACAGCAAGCUCUCGGGUCGGAUACCCGAUUCCGUCGGUAACUUGACCCAGCUCCAGGCCCUCAGUUUUUACUACAACCAGUUCACCGGUCCAAUCCCGAGUUCAAUAUCCAGGUUGACUCAGUUGGGUCAGCUCAAACUCGGCGGCAACCUUCUAACCGGGUCCAUACCCACCGGCAUCAAAAACCUCAACAAGCUCACCUAUCUGACUCUCGAGCGAAACGGGUUGUCGGGUUCCAUACCCGGCAUCUUCGCCUCUUUUCCAGAGCUCCGAAUUCUCAAUCUUACCCGCAAUAAAUUUACCGGGAAAAUCCCAGCUUCAAUCUCCGCUUUGGCGCCAAAAUUGCUCUACCUUGAGCUUGGUCACAAUGCCUUGACCGGUCAAAUCCCAGCAUUUCUAGGAAACUUCAAGGCCCUUGAUACCCUUGAUCUUGGUUACAAUAAAUUAACCGGCACUGUGCCUCAGACACUUGCCAAUUUGACCAAGAUCUUCAAUCUUGAUCUUUCUCAUAAUCAACUUGUGGAUCCAUUCCCACAAUUGAAUGUGAAGGGCAUUGAGUCACUUGAUCUAUCUUACAACAAGUUCCAUCUGAAUGAGAUUCCUAAAUGGGUUACUUCUUCGCCGAUCAUUUACUCUCUGAAGCUUGCAAAUUGCGGGAUUAAGUUGAAGCUGGAGGACUGGAAGCCUGCGCAGACCUAUUACUAUGACUACAUUGAUUUGUCUGGGAAUCAGAUUACCGGUAGUCCGGUUGGGUUGUUGAACAAGACUGAUUUCUUGGUCGGUUUUUGGGCUUCCGGAAACAAGUUGAAGUUUAAUCUGGAGAGUUUGAAGAUUGUGCAGACAUUGAAGCACUUGGACGUGUCUAGGAAUUUGGUUUUCGGGAAGGUGCCUAAGACAGUGUCUGGGCUUGAUAGCUUGAACGUGAGCUAUAAUCAUCUGUGUGGACAGCUUCCGGCCACCAAGUUUCCUGCUUCAGCAUUUUUGGGGAACGAUUGUCUCUGCGGUUUUCCACUUGCUGCAUGUAAAUAAGCCUAGCUAGCUAGCAUGUCAGAACAGCGUCAUUCGUCAUGCGUUAGUAGUAUUUGUAGCUUGCUGUUGGUGACUAAAAGCACUAGAAGCUUGAAGGAAAUAAAAGAGCAUGGAGUGAUAAGUUGGGAUCAUUUUACUUGAUCUUA